AUUUUGAACAUUGCACAGCACAAGGCUUGCGGGUUGCUGGGUGGGCGGUAGCUGAGCUGGAAGUUCUCUCACUGACUUUAUUCCUGUGCAAGGGACAAUCUCCGAACGCCUGUUGAGUGUGAAGCCUAAGAUGAGUGAGCUACAGCAAUAGAGGACGUUCCUUGGCUGCUGUCCUGAUGCCAGGAGGACCUGGUGCCAAGCUUUAGCUGUUGCAGUGGUAUGUGGAUUUCGGCUCUGCUGCAUUUCCCUAAGAAGCAAACUUGAAAAUGGAAAUGAAGAGAAAUCCAACAAAGUUGUUGCUGUGGCUGAUGUUCCUCUCCGAUACUGUGCCAUUCACCUACGAGAAAUCAAUGAGAGAGCAAGCUAUCAAGCUGAUGCAAGAUACACGUUUAAUCGAUGGCCACAACGACUUUGUACUACGGCUGAGAAUAUUUUACCAAAAUAGACUCAGCAAAGUCAACUUAAAAGAGAUCAACAAGACCCAUACAAACCUUGCAAAACUUGAGGCUGGUUAUGUGGGAGCUCAGUUUUGGUCAGUGUAUGUUCUUUGCAGCGCUCAGAACAAGGAUGCUGUGCGUCUGACGUUAGAGCAAAUUGAUAUUGUCAAGAGGAUGUGUAACAGCUAUGAAGAGCUUGAACUUGUGACGACUUCCCAAGGUAUCUCUGACAGUAAGAAGAUUGCAUGUUUGAUUGGAAUCGAAGGCGGUCACUCCAUUGACAGCAGUUUGGCAACACUGAGGAUGUAUUAUGACCUGGGCGUUCGUUACAUGACCUUAACACAUUCCUGCAAUACACCUUGGUCUGAAUCUUCAUCUAAAGGAAUACACAACUUUUAUCCUAGUGUUACUGGUCUGACUGCUUUUGGCCAAGAAGUGGUAAAGGAAAUGAAUCGCCUGGGUAUGCUGAUAGAUUUAUCUCAUACCUCAUAUUCCACAGCAAAAGCUGCACUACAUAUCUCAAAAGCGCCAGUAAUUUUCAGCCAUUCUGCUGCAUUUUCUGUUUGUAAUCAUUCGAGAAAUGUUCCUGAUGAUAUCCUCCAGCAACUGAAAAGGAACAGGGGAAUUAUCAUGGUGACUUUCAAUGCAGAUGUACUGGCCUGUGGCAGAAAAGUUGCUAAUAUUUCUACCCUCGCAGAUCAUUUUGACUACAUAAAGAAAAUUGCAGGUCCAGAAUCAAUAGGAAUUGGUGGUGACUACGAUGGAGUGGAACGUUUCCCUGAGGGACUGGAAGACGUUUCUAAAUACCCUUCUUUGAUUGAGGAACUUCUUAGAAGAGGAUGGAAUGAAAUUGAACUAAAAGCGGUCUUAAGGGAGAACUUCCUGCGUGUCUUCAGGGAAGUGGAAAAGGUGCGGAACUCUAGUGGACUAAUGGAUGUAGGCGAGAGUGAAAUCCUGCACAAAGAAGUACAAAAUUCCUGUCGCCUAGACCUACAUAAUUAUCGGAUUGAGACAAUCAGUUCUUUUGGAUUUUCUUCUGUGGCACAGUCUUUUAGUCUGACACUCGUAAUUGUAGCAUAUUUAAUACUGUAUUAUGAAUCAUAAAGUCUAUGGAGCCUGGAGAGAGAGAGAGAUGGAGUAACCUGCAAUACCACUAGUAUCUUUUUUUGGGGUUGUUAAUGUAGAGCUCUGCUAAAAUAUUUUAUAUAAGUUCUAUACUUUCACCCACAUACUUGAAAGUUAAUGUAGACAUUAAGUGUUGUGGCAAAAGCAUUUAGGAUUUGAAGUGAUAAAUUCUUUGUCAUCUCAGCCAAGUCAGGACCAGCACUGUAAAUGGAAAGUAUUCACACUUAAUGAAUAAAUCCUCUAAUACAUGACACAUGGUUUUGGUACCCAUGUUGUGGCAGUUGAUGUAAAUACCAGGGUCCAGAAUCAGCAGAUCUACACAGGAACGAGAGAAUGCGACUAAUACAUUAAGGCAUCUGUACUGGGAUGUUUUCAGAUACUACUUCUUUUCAUGUGAUGCAGCUUUCAUCAUCAGUCAGUGGCUUGGUCAGAGAAGACACCUCCACUCUGGUAUGUGUAGAGUAGUGCUUGUGUGUGAUUUUUGUGUGUGUGUGUGUUUUAGACAACAAACUGGAUGAUAUGACUAUUUGAAUUCAUUUCUCAUGCCUGCCACUAGCUCUGGGAUCCAUUUUGCAAUACUAAACUCUUAUUUUUGAACCUUGACCAGGACAAUGGGCAACUGGAGAGUUUCUGAAGGGAGAAGGUAGGUGUCUUGUAUUCAGGUGUCAGCAAAAUAAAGGAACAGAUGUCCGGAUAGUGCUCUAGAUAUUCUUGUUUAAUUUGGGAACUGCUGUUUGCUGCAUGUUCAUGGAGUUAGAACAUGAGUAAGCCAGGCCAAAGCAGGAAUUCUGGCUACUCAGAGAGUAAGAUAUUGUUCUGUUAUUUUUAUUGCAGUAUGAACAGCAAAGAAGUAUUUAAAUAAAAUUUUAUCCAUGCUAAAAUCAGACCAUCAUCAAAAGAUUAAAAACCAUGAGAUUAGAAAGAAAUCUUUGGAACUUGUUUUCAAGUCCACAAGGUAUGUGAGGUUAGAAGCUACUGUUUUACAGAAGAGAAUAUAUAUUGCAAAAGGCCUAUUCUUGGCAGGCUCUCAUGGCUCAAAGCUGGAAUUUUAAUCAAAUAGCCUGAGAUUCAUCAUGAAAUUGUAAGAUGGCAGCACUAAAUCUCUGUAGGGUCAUUUCCCAGCUCUUGCUGGUAAAUACCAUCUCAUGAUACUUGUUCUUGUUAUUUUUAUCUCAUGAUACAUGUUUUUAUUUACUGAUGGAACAUCUGCAUAAUAUAACCUUAAUAUAAAUUAAAGUCCUGUAUUUUAACACAGAAGUUAUUUAGCAACUGAAAGAUAAUGCCAAGCAGAAACAGAAUGGAAACAACAAGUCAGUUGUUCUCCAGAGUCAUCUGAGAUUGUUCCUGCCAUCCAUUUCUGCUUUUCAUCUACAAGUUGGGUUUCUGGAGGAAGACAGUUCCUUUUAUUGCUUCAAAAUGAAGCUUCAUUAGCUCUUCUGAGAAGGUAGUCACCUUGAUAAGUAUAUUCUUAAUAUGCUAGAGUCAUGUAAAGAAUUCUUUAUAAGCCAUGUUGAAUAUUCUAGUGCAUACAAGCCAAGUUUUUAAAAGCAGUUUCUCAACAAAUAUUGAGCCCAGUUAUAGAGAUACAGUGGAGAAUUACAGCACUAGUCUUGCCUUCCUGCUACUGUCUAACUGGCAUCAGAACUUGUUUUUAAAGCGCACGAUACUGGUAAAAUGAAUGGAAUAGAUAUUUGCAGAUACUUACUUCUCAUCAGUUCUUCUGCUAAUAGCUUCAUAAGCUGUUAGAAGACUGCCAUCCAUGGUCUCUUUUCACAAAAUGAGUACUGUUAUAUUAAGUUUAAUGCAUAUUUAAAAUGUUAGAUGCUUCUUUAUUCCUUUCAGCCUUAUAAUUUUUACUGUGUUGCCACAUUCCUGCCUAACUUGUACAUUCCUUCAAUAUUGUAGCAUGGAUUUAAUAUACAUUCCUCUCCUUUAAGACAUGGAUAAUAUUUUCCAUCACUCUAUUUUACUAUGCUAUAGAUAUUUGUAGUUUACUUCCUUAUUUUAUUUGUAGUGUAUUGCACUUUUUCUGGAUUGCUUUGUGUAAUGUGUAAUUUGUAACCUUGUGGCAAAACAUGUACAUGAAAUUUAAAUAAAAUAUUG